AUGGAGAGCUGCCGUCCAGUGUUUCAAAUCUCAGGGAUAAAAAAUAAUGGGAAGAAGAGAGAUUUGCUCAAGGGAAUUCAACAUUUGAAUGGAAAAUAUAUUGGGGGAUCAAUAUACCAGAGCAUUUGCACCCAUUUAAUAAUUCCUCAGGUUUUGGCCAGUGAGAAAUUUUUAGCUUCUUGUGCUGCAGGAAAGUGGAUUGUGACUCCGAACUAUGUUCUGGAUAGUGUUGAAAAUGGUUCCUGGCUCCCAGAGGGACCCUAUGAGGUAUCAAUUCCCACACGUUGGAUGCAUUGCUAUACCGUCAGAGACUGGAGGGAAAAGGUGAUCAGUGGGACAAUAACCGGAGCCUUCCAAGGCUGGAGAGUUCUUCUAAUGGUCCAAGAUGCUGUCUCGUCUAUCAUGUUCAAAAGAGUUUUAGAAGCUGGUGCUGCCACAGUAUACAGCAAUCCCACUCACGCCUCCAUCACUCAUGUCCUAGCCAAGCCCGUCACACAGGGGGCAAGCUCCCACAAUGCUCCUUGCUAUCCUGUUAGCCACAUUGUCCAGUACCUCUUCCAGCGCAAGUCUGUCAACAUGGACUUGAACAUCACAAAUGAUGAUAAUGAAGGAAAGGAGUCUGCGGAUAUUGACCUUUCGAAACUGGAGGUAGACCUCAGGGACUGUGCCAUCAAACAACAGGACCGACCAAGGUUUAUAUUCACGGAAUCCAUGGGCUAUCACAGCCCCCAUCGUUCUCUGUCAGAGGGAGCUGAAAUGGCAAAAUUCUGCAACGUUGGCGCCAUGAUAGAGUGUGGGCUCUACAUGGAGGCCUUGGACACAAUCCAAAAUGCUGCCUUCCCAGGGAUUGUGCCACCAUCGUCAUACAUGGUGUCCCUCAUCAAGUACGCGCAGAAGGGUAGUGCCACUACUGUCUUCCUGCGACGCUUCCGAGAAACAAUGCACCGGUUGCUAAUUAACACUGCUCCUUGGCAUAAGAAGUUGUUUUACAGUCAGGUGUUGCAGUGCCCUCACUGUAAGAAGGGCCAAUGGCCUUUUUUAGAGACCGCCAUAAGUUACUGCCUGUCAAGCAAUGACACUUGUCAUCAGUUCCCUGGGCCAGCACUGCCAACUCUUAUACAGUUCCACCAUGAUAUACUGGCAUUUUUUCUGAAUCUCUUUCAAAGGGAACUCAACUCAAUCACCAUGGGAAAUUUAUUUCAGUGUCCAGAAACUGAAGUCUGCAAGGUAAAAACAUCAGGUUUUUUGCUGUAUGGAACCUUCUGGACCGUGUGGGAACGUGCAACUCUUCUCUCUGGCGCUGUAAAAAGACUCAUCGAGCUCAUAAUGCAGGCCGCUUCCCCAAAGCACCUUGCUGGCAGCGACGAGCACAAAUGGCAUCUGUUGGCCAUCCUGCUGGACCUUCUGUCAGUGUUGGUGGAGUUUUGGUGUACGCAGCACUUCAAACUGAACCCGAAGCUUGUGGAAAAGGGCCUAGAAGAUCUAGCUGAGCACUUUGCCAUCACAAGCCAAACUGUGUCUUCUGCAGUCAUUGUAGAGAUGAUUGCCAGAAUUUCCACCAACAGGCUUAAAUUGCCACUGGUGGAUGCAAUAUUCCGGAAUAUGUGCUGCAAACAUGGAAUUACAGUGGGGGAUGGACCUCUGUCCCUCAAGAAAGUGGUGCUGUCCUACUUGCCUGCACUGGGACAUUUAGCUCAGAAUCACAGCUGGACCCAGCAUACCACCAACAGCUGCUCGAGUUUGGACACCAACUGCGAAACUGUGAGCCCAGUGGAGAAUGAAUUGGGGAGAGAAUGCAUCCCAGGAGGCCUCAACAAAGUGAAUGCAGCAGGCCAGACCCUCCUUCACCAAGCAUGUAAGAAAAACGAAGUGGAUGUUGUGCUUAGCAUUUUGGCAUCCCCCGGUGUUGACGUCAAUGUUAAAGACCAUGUAGGAUGGACACCUCUAUAUGAAGCAUGUAACCAUGGCAGUACUGCCUGUGUGGAGGCUUUGCUACGUCACCGGCCCACCCCGCUGAUUAAUUUUGUUGUGGAUGGAGUCAGCCCUCUGCACGGCGCCCUUCUCAAUGGUCACCUGGCCAUUGCUAAAAUGCUUCUGGAGGCUGCAGGUUCCAGUCUCCUCCGGCAAACAGACGAUAAAAGUUCUGCCGCAUUGGACCUUAUCUCUGAUGCUAGUCAGAAAGCAGAGCUCCUCCGCAGCGCUCAACUGGGCGACUCCAACCUGAACUGCACUGGAGUGUUGAAUUACGAUCUCCUGGAGGCGGCCUCAGGUAUGCUAGCAAACCUGCUGGUGUGUUACCAGGAAGAGAGCGGCCUGUCCGACUGCAUCCGGUCCAAUGAUGCGUCGCACACGUUGGCACGUGCCCUUGAGACGCACCCUCUCCAAAUGGUAACACUGGACUGGACGGACCAGCAAGCGGUGAGUCUGGCAGGUGACAUCGAGACUCUGCUGGAGCUGGCCAGAGGGAAACACUCGGAGCAGGUGUGCGAUGCGGUGAAGGCAUACAAAGGAGACAGUACAGUGGUCUUCAUGCAGCUCCUGGACGAUCUUGAAUGCCAAGGAAAAAUCUUAAUGCCUGAAGUAAACCCAUAG